AUGCCACAGCUCUUCCCAACCAACCCUUCUGCGACCAUGGUAAUUCGCCAUGUGACACCAGACAUCGUGACCAUGAGUCUACCAUUCUCACGGUUCGGACACCUGCAGUUCGGCGGACGAGGGACGCUGGUCAAGCUUGCCACCGGCUCCCUCGCAGUAUUCUCGCCCGUCAGCCUAACGCCCGAAGUCCGCGAGACAGUUGAGUCCCUCGGCGGAAACGUCCAAUACAUCACAGCGCCAGAUAUCGAACAUCACCUCAACCUCACCCCGUGGAAGGACGCAUAUCCGCAAGCAGAGAUCCUGGCCCCGGAGGGUCUGUAUGAGAAGCGGCAAUCGAACCCGGAGUUCAAGGACACCCCGUUCCAGCACGUAUUUAAGAAGGACGAUAAACUGCCGCGGUCGAUCUCGAAGGAGUUCGAUGCCGAGUUUGAGAGCGAGUAUGUGUAUGGCCACGGGUCGCGCGAGCUGGUGUUUUUGCAUAAACCCACGCGCACGGUCAUCGAGGCGGAUCUGCUCUUCAACCUGCCCGCUAAGGAGCAGUAUUCCAAGAACCCCCGAAGCGUCGGGGACUAA